AUGGAUGAGGCGCCUGUAGGUUCCUCAUAUGGAUCGAGGAGUCGGCUGGCUCGAGCGUCUUCUUCCCGUGAGGUUGAGGAGGAGGUGGGAGUUGAGGAGGAAGAGAUACCCGAUGUUUACCCUGAGCACGACGAGGAUGGUGCGGGGGAGGAGGAGGGCUACCCGGGAGGGCUUGCACACACAUUUGUGUUUAUUCACUACCAUGACCAUGUCACUCGGCGAGUUUGGGAGGGCGAGGAACGGGAGACCAUAAAAUCCAUGAACCAUGCACGGAAAUUAUUUGAUCUGUUUAAACCACGGGCUCAAUGGUUUAAUGACGUUGUAGAUGGAAGCGGGCUUGGUGGGUUAUGCAUGACCGAAUAUAGUACCAUCAGCCAUGGCAUGCAGGGAGCUUUUGUCGAACGGUGGCACAAGGAGACGUUUUCUUUCCACUUUCCUGUUGGGGACUUGACGAUCACCCUACACGAUGUGGCCUGUCUGCUCCACCUGCCGACCAGAGUGAGGUUACUGGACCAUUCUCGGAUACAGAGGGUUGAGGCCAUAGAGUGGAUGGUGGACUAUCUGGGUAUGGACCCAAACAUGUUGGAUUAUGAGUGCAGAGCGACGAGUGGGGCGCAUAUCCGAUUCUCCAGAUUGAAAGAGCAUUAUGAGAACCACUUGGUGGCGGUAGCGGAGUCUGAGGAGGAGGGUGACGGGCUUUUUGUUGAGUAUCACUAUGGUUGCGCUCUGCGGUGUUGGUUCAUGUUCUUGGGAUGGAUCAUCUCAUACUUCAACCUUAUCCACGACUUCAACAUUAAUCCUGUGUACGAUGACGCCAUACCCAGGGCCGCACGAUACGUCCUCCAAAUAGGGAAUAACAAGGUGGGCCUAUAUCGCGUGUACCUCGACCACACUGUUCAUGAUGACAUCCAUUGGAUGCCCUUCACUGGUCACGGUAAUAAUGUCUCAUUCGACCGCAUCAUAUUAUAUUCUGGAUGGUUAGCAUGUGGGACCAACACCAUGGUCAGGUAUCUGUCAGAGCGGUGCAUGAGACAGUUUAGACGUGUGCAGAUGAUACCGAGGUCUCUGUUUAAGGCUGCUCCCGACACCGUUAUCCGAGUGGGUCUCACUACUAUAUUUGAGGAUUGGGUGCAUCAUUUGGUGCCUGAGGAGUAUCGGCGUAUGAUGGUCAUCCAGAGGUGA